AACGUGCCCGUAGGCAGCACCAGGCUCCUCCGAGGGGCAGGGGUGAGGGGGAUCAGCCCCGGCCCGGCCCCGCUCCACCUCCCCCCUGCAGCCCCGGCGCCGUGUCCUCGCCAUGGCCGCCAACGGGGCCCCGGGGUCCGUGCCCCGGCGGGACGGCCCCGGCCUGGCGCUGGAGAAGGAGGAGGAUGAGGAUGAGGAGGAGGAGCCGGAGCUGGGCUGCGGUGGUGACCUGGAGGUGAACCCCUACGAUGGGCUGCCCUUCUCCUCCCGGUACUACGAGCUGCUGCGGCAGCGCCGGGAGCUGCCCGUCUGGACCACUAAGUACAGCUUCAUGGAGCACUUGGAAGGCAACAGCGGCAUCGUCCUGGUGUCCGGGCCUCCCGGCACCGGCAAGAGCACCCAGAUCCCACAGUGGUGCGCGGAGUACGCCCUGUCCCUCCAGUUCGCCCAUGGGCUGGUGGCCUGCACCCAGCCCCACAGCCUGGCCGCCCUCAGCCUCUCCCUGCGCGUGGCAGAUGAGAUGGACCUGAACCUGGGCCACGAGGUGGGCUACUGCGUGCCCCACGAGGACUGCUGCACCACCGAGACCAUCCUCAGGUACUGCUCGGAUGAGAUGCUGCUGCGGGAGAUGACGUCGGAGCCGCUGCUGCGGCAGUACGGUGUGGUGGUGCUGGACGAGGCUCAGGAGCGCACGGUGCCCACGGACGUGCUGCUGGGGCUGCUCAAGGAUGUGCUGUGCCAGCGCCCUGCGCUCAAGGUGGUGGUGAUCACCUCGCUGGCCAUGGAGGAGCAGCUCCGCACCUUCCUCGGGGACCCCCCCGUGGUGCGGGUGCCGGCGCGGGGGGAACCCCCAGCGCUGCUGUACCGGGAGCCACCGGCACACGGCCGCAUCACCGCUGCCUGCCAGGCAGUGCUGGGCAUCCACCGGCGGCAGGAGCCCGGACACAUCCUGCUCUUCAUGGCCAGCGAGCAGGAGAUCACUGAUGCGUGCAGUGCCCUGCGGAGCGAGGCGGCCGCGCUGCACCCGGGGCUGGGCCCGCUGCUGGUGCUGCCGCUGCACCCUGGUGUGGGCCGUGCUGUGCAGAGGGUCUAUGAGGGGCUGGAGGAGGGCGGCCGCAAGCGCCGAGUCAUCGUCACCCACGGGCUGGCAGAGGCUUCCUUCUCCAUGAGCGGCAUCCGCUUCGUCAUUGACACCGGGCUGGAGCUGCGCAGUGUCUACAACCCGCGCAUCCGGGCAGAGUCCCAGGUCCUGCGGCCCAUCAGCAAGAGCCAGGCACAGUCCCGCAUGGAGCGAGCUGCCGGCACCCCCCCUGGCACCUGCCUGCGCCUCUACUCGGAGGCCUUCUACGAGCAGCGGCUGCCGCCCAGCCCCACACCCCAGGUCAUGGAGACCAGCCUGAGCCGCCUCGUGCUGCUGCUCAAGCGCCUCGACAUCGCCGACAUGGGGCAGUGUGACUUCCUUGACCGGCCAGCCCCCGAGUCACUGAUGCAAGCACUGGAGGACCUGGAUUACUUGGCCGCGCUGGACGACGACGGGAACCUGUCGGAGGUUGGGAUCAUCAUGUCGGAGUUCCCACUGGAUCCUCAGCUGGCCAAGGCGCUCAUCGCGUCCUGCGAGUUCGACUGUGUGGAGGAGAUGGUCAGCCUGGCCGCCAUGCUCACCGCCUCCCCCUGCUUCCUGCCACCUGCCACGCACAUGGAGGAGGCUGUGGCCAUGCACCGCCGGGCCCUGCUGCACCCAGAUGGAGACCACUUCACCCUCAUCAACAUCUUCAAUGCCUUCCAGCAGCAUGAGGCGGACGAGGGCUGGUGCCGCAAGCACGCGGUGAACGCGGCUGCUCUGCGGCUGGCCGGCAUCGUGCGUGCGGAGCUGCUGGAGGUGAUGCAGCGCAUCGAGCUGCCCGUGUCCCCUCCGGCCUUCGGCACCGACGCCAACGUGCGCAACAUCCAGAGAGCUCUCAUCUCCGGAUACUUCCUCAAGGUAGCCCGGGACAUCGACGGCUCUGGCAACUAUGUGAUGCUCACACACAAGCACGUGGCCCACCUGCCCCCCGCCUGCUGUUACCUGCUGCGGCAGCCCCCCCGGCGCCUGCCCCCAUGGGUGCUCUACCACGAGUUCACCAUCUCGCAGGACAACUGCCUGCGCGUGGUCUCGGAGAUCCAGCCCCAAAUGCUGGUGGCACUGGCACCUCAGUACUACCUGAGCAACCUCCCGGCCAGCGAGAGCCGCGACCUGCUCAUGGCGCUGCGGGAGGAGGUGGCGGCGGCAGAGGAUGCGCCGGUGGUGCCCGCAGCGCUGGGACCGGCGCCCGGCGGGGGUGAGGAUGAGGAUGAGGAUGAGGACAAGGAGGUGUGUGUGCUGCAGUGAGCCGCAGGCACCGGAGCCACGCGUCGGGGCUGCCUGCGCUCGGCCGGGCCCCGGGGAGCCCCGGGGGGGGCCGCGGUGCUGACCCCAUCCAUCACCGGGAGGAACGGGCCGGGCUGCGGCUGCCGCAGCAGCACCGCGGGCACCGGGACCGGCCCCGGGACAGAGCCCAGGCCGGGGAGCGCCGGCCCCGAGGAGUCGUGCAGGGAGCCCCGGCUCCAUCAGCCCCGUUGUCGGGGGCUGCCGUGGGGCUGGGGCCGUCCCGUGCCCCCCGUCGUGGGGCGCAGCGCCGGGGGCCGCUCGGGGGUCUCUGCUGUAUAAAGUUCUGCGACCUUU